UAAUAAGUAAAAUCUUAUCAUGUAAUAAUGAAAAAUAAUAGCCUUAAUUUACUAUCACGACAGUCUUCAUUGAUAAAGCAACAAUGUCCUAUUCAUGUUUAAAAAAUCUGAGUUUAUUCAUAUAUUAUUUGUAAUUUAGCGCGAUUUUGUUAUUUAAUAAAAGUUUAAAAACUUUCUUUGGUUUUAAUAUCGUGUAAAUAUGAAAAUACAGACUGAUUUAGAAUAUUAAAGCAAUAGUUUAAAUUAUGUUGUGGUAUUUCGGUUCAAAAUGCUGUUUUGCAGUUGCUAGGAUAUGAAGUGGUGGAGUGUAAAAAUAAUAAAAAGCUGUAUCGGAUGGUACUUUCUGAUGGUAUACAUAUGAACUCGUAUUUUUAUUUAUCCAGUGGAUUAUCAUUUUUAUUAAUUGAAAAUCAGCUUAAGUAUGGAACUAUAUUUUGUAUUGAUAAAUUUCAAUUUGUUAAUGGCAAAGAUUGUAAAAAUCAAAGUCCAAGACAAAUAAUAGUUGUUCAAAAAAUGUCGAUUUUGAUUCAUAGAAAUAUUAUUGGUGAUCCUUUACCAUUAAUAAAUGUUGAAAUAAAGAAUUCUUUUUUAAUUAACCUUAAUUUAAAUGAACAUACGCAGAGAAAAUUUCAAAAUUUUAAUGAGUUAGAGAAUAAUUUGAGAUUUGUGAAAGAGUUAAGCAGUGAAUAUAAUGGAAAGUGUAGUCAUGUACUUAAAUUAAAGACAGUGAAAAAAUAUUCCAUAAAUUCAUAUAGACGCUGUCAAGUUUUAAAUUUAAAUAUGGAAGACUAUACUGGUAUGAUACGAGUCUGUGCAUUUAAUUCAUUAAGUAUACAUAUUAACAAUUUACUUCAGGAAGGUAAAACAUAUUAUAUUACAGAUACCAUAUUAAAACGGAACAACUGUCAAUAUGGAUUUGAACUUAAAUUACAACCAUACUCGGUUAUUAUUGAAUGUCCUGAAAAUAUGAUUUCAGACGUAUUGCCAUUUAACAUUCCUACAUUUGAAGUAUUAUUAUCUAAUUGUGCAAAUACUUUUUGUGAUUUGAUUGGAAUUUGUAUAGAAAUUAAUAAUAUAGAAGUUUGCAACAUUACUAGUGAUAAAAUAGAAAUUGCGAAACGAGACAUAGUAUUGAUUGAUAAGUCUAUGAGAACUGUAACUUUAAAGAUAUGGGGAGAAAAUGUUAAUAAAUUUGAAGGGUUAAAUAACUGUAACCCUGUUAUAUUUGUCAAACAAGCUAUACUAAAAGAAUUCAACAAAAUAAAAUAUUUUACUACGCAAAAAGCUAGUAAUUUAUUAAUUAAUCCUAGCACAUUAGUAGCUUUUCAGUUAAAGGAAUGGUACAAAAGUUUGAGUUCAAUUGAAGACUUAUGAUAUUGAAGUGUAAUAAAAUAUGUAAUAAGUAGUAGAAUAAUUUUUUUUACAAUUUAAAUUUUUUAAACAAUUGUUAAACAUGAGUAAUGAUAUUCAUUUAUGUACCUAUCAACUAAUUUGUUAUAAAAUUAUUUAUGACUUGGUAUUAUUAUAUGUUUGGAAACUAUUAAAAAAAUAAAUAAAAGUACAUUUAUAAUUAUGUGAA